CAAUCUACAUCGUUUCUUUAUCUGUGUCCUGUCAAAUGAAGUGUCAAAUUUGCCUGCUUCUUGCAUCCUUCAUCCUAAUAUUCCUAAUUUACCGGUGUAUAUAAAAAUAAAACUGGCGGCCUCAGCAAUGUGAUUUGAUCACUAUUACCCUUUCAUAACCUACGAGUCUCAUAACAUAAAAUACUCAAUUUAGUCUCUUCGCGAUUUAAUUAAUUAAUUACCUGUUGUAAUUAUUCUCUCGGCCUUUCCUCGUUAGUGGCUCGAUAUAAUGUAUAUUAUUAUCUGGCAAUAAUAUAAUUUAGCAUUAUAAAAGUAGGUCGUUAGGAGCCCCGGCUGAUUAGUGGAGUAGUGAUAUUUGGUGAAAGGAUGGCUGAUCAGACGUCGGUGUUGGCGCUUGUGAUCCUGGCGGUUGGAGUCACAGUGCAUUUCUCGCUGCAUAAAGUCGAGGAGGGCCAUGUCGGUGUAUACUAUCGGGGUGGUGCUCUCUUGCCAGUGACAAGUCAGCCUGGGUUCCACAUGAUGAUCCCCUUACUCACAUCAUACAAAGCUAUACAGACAACUCUUCAGACAGAUGAGGUGAAAAAUGUCCCCUGUGGAACCAGUGGGGGUGUGAUGAUCUACUUUGAAAGGAUUGAGGUUGUCAACAUGCUGGAACCAAAUACAGUUCUGGACGUUGUGCGCAACUUCACCGCCGACUACGACAAGACGCUCAUCUUCAACAAGGUGCACCACGAGCUGAACCAGUUCUGCAGCGCGCACAGCCUGCAUGAGGUCUAUAUUGACCUGUUUGACCAGAUCGAUGAGAACCUCAGAACUGCUCUCCAAAAGGACCUGAAUGAGAUGGCGCCGGGGCUGCGCGUGCAGGCCGUGCGCGUCACCAAGCCCAAGAUCCCCGAGGCCAUCCGCAAGAACUACGAGCUCAUGGAGGCCGAAAAGUCUAAGCUCCUCAUUGCAGCCCAACACCAGAAGGUUGUAGAAAAAGAAGCCGAGACGGCUCGACGCAAGGCGGUCAUCGAGGCUGAGAAAGAGGCGCAGGUGGCCAAGAUCCAGUACGAGCAGAAAAUCAUGGAAAAGGAAUCUCUACAGAAAAUAGAACUCAUUGAGGACAGCAUCCACAAAGCCAAGCAGCAGACCAAAGCGGAGGCCGAAUUUUACAAUCUUAAGAAACAGGCAGAGGCCAAUAAGCAACUACUAACCAAAGAGUACUUGGAGUUGAAAAGAUAUGAAGCACUUGCUAUUAAUAACAAGAUUUACUUUGGAAAUGAUAUUCCGAGCAUGUUCAUACAAGCUAAUGUUGGUGAUAAUGUUCCAAUUCCAACCCCACAAAGUGUUCAAGUGGAAUGAGUUAUAGUCACUCUGUCAAAACAACUAGUCAGACAGUAAGUCAUACAGGGAGCAAUGUUUUGACAAGGAAUUUAAAGGCCCUAAGUAAUUUCCAGCACCAAGUGUCUCUAGAGUGUUGAGCUAUUUUGGGAGAUCAUGUGAUAAUUUUGUAUCAUUAGGAAUAGUUUUACACAGGCCCGUUUCUGUGUGUUUUAUACAAAUAAGAUGUAGAUGUGUAACAGGCUUUACAUAUUGUUUAUGACUGAAAAAUUACAUGGUUCCAAAUUAGGACAUAGCUUUUGUAUGUAGUUAACAUCUGUUUAAAAUUAAUUAAAAUAAAACUAUGAAUGUUAGAAAAA